GGGGGCGGGCGGCUCGCGCCCACCUCCGCGGCGGCGGGAGCGGCGGCGGGAGCGGCAGCGACGGCGGCGGCGGCGGCGCCCCUCCCCCGGGGGCGGGGCCGCCCGGGCCGGCGGGCUGCUGGCGCCUCCCCCCGUCCCCUCCCCUCCCCCUCCCCGCCGUCCCCUCAGUAACUUGGCCGCCUUUUAUCGGGCGAGCGGCGAGGCGGAGAGUUUAUUGGUGCCGGAGCUGCGGCGCGGCCGGGGCGGGGAGCGAGCGCGGCGGAGGGCGGGGGGGGCCCGGCCGGGCCCCGGUCCGGUGCGGGACGAUGCUGCGGCUGGUGUCGCUGAAGUUGGGGCGGCUGUACCGCUACGUGAAGCUGGCGGUGCUGGGCAGCCUGGCGGCGGCGCUGGUGCUGAACACGCACUCGCUGCUGGCCUCGCUGCAGCGCAACGAGCUGUCGGAGCGGCGCUUCCUGCAGCUCAAUAAGUGCCCGGCCUGCUGGGGCACCAGCUGGUGCCGCAAGUUCCUCAACGGGCAGCUGCGGCUGGAGAGCUGGGGCCGCCUGCGCCUCUUCGACUUCUUCAACGUCAAGAACGUCUACUUCGCGCGCUACGGGGAGCCCCGCGAGGGCAGCCGCCGCGUCGUCCUCAAGCGGCUGGGCUCCGCGCAGGAGCUGGCCGACAUCGACACCAAGAUCUGCCGCCGCGCCACCGGCAGGGGCCGCUGCGACCUCCUGCAGGCCCUGCACGCCACCGAGUUCGCCAGCCUCAACGGCGACGUGCGGCUCCUCACCCCCGACGCCGUGGAGGGCUGGUCGGACCUGGUGCACUGCCCCUCGCAGCGCCUGCUCGACCGCCUGGUCCGCCGAUACGCCGAGACCAAGGACUCGGGCAGCUUCCUGCUGCGCAACCUGAAGGACUCGGAGCGCAUGCAGCUGCUCAUCACCCUCGCCUUCAACCCCGAGCCGCUGGUGCUGCAGAGUUUUCCAUCUGAUGAGGGUUGGCCAUUCGCAAAGUACUUAGGAGCAUGCGGAAGAAUGGUGGCCGUCAAUUAUGUUGGAGAAGAGCUGUGGAGUUACUUCAAUGCACCGUGGGAGAAACGAGUGGAUCUGGCCUGGCAAUUAAUGGAAAUAGCUGAGCAGCUGACAAAUAAUGACUUUGAAUUUGCACUCUACCUCCUUGAUGUCAGCUUUGACAACUUUGCAGUUGGACCGAGAGAUGGGAAAGUUAUCAUUGUAGAUGCAGAAAACGUUCUGGUUGCAGACAAAAGGUUAAUCAGACAGAAUAAACCCGAGAACUGGGAUGUAUGGUAUGAAAGCAAAUUUGAUGACUGUGAUAAAGAAGCUUGUCUGUCGUUCUCAAAAGAGAUUCUUUGUGCUCGUGUCACUGUGGACCACAAUUAUUAUGCUGUUUGUCAGAACCUUUUAUCAAGACAUGCCACAUGGCGUGGCACUUCUGGAGGACUACUUCAUGACCCCCCAGCUGAAAUUGCCAAAGACGGCCGACUUGAGGCCUUGCUGGAUGAGUGUGCCAACCCAAAGAAGCGAUAUGGUAGAUUCCAAGCUGCAAAAGAACUGCGUGAAUACCUUGCACAGUUGAGUAACAAUGUGAGGUAGUCCACAGAGAAAUUUUUUUUUGCAACACUGGCUAAAACACUAUUGCAAAGACAAUUAGAAAAUGAAGUUUUGAACUUAAAUACUAAAAAGAGAAAAUAAAAAAAAACCAAACUAGUUUAUCAAUUUUCUAAAUACCAUAAAAAUACAAUUUUAUGGUGUUAUAAGGUUUCUUUGCAAACAGACAAGGUACUUACUGAAUUAAAACUUGAGCUACUAUUGACUCUCCUCUCUAACUAUUUAAAAGGGAGUAGGUCAAAAAAGACUGUGAUAGCUUAAUUGACAGCGUGUGUGUCAAAGGGUACUUUACAUAAAACUGCAUUAGUUUCACAGUUUUGUGAAGCUGAUGUUCUUACUUGGAAAGUCAAGUUAGACUGAUGGCCUGUUUUAAAGGCCUUUUUCCUGACAUCAUUGUCUCAUUUUUGUGUUUGUUUAAACACCUUGAAGUGGCAUUUACAUCCAGUUAAAUCUAGCUGUCUUCAUUCUUUCAGAUUUAACAGGCUUUCACAUUGUUGUGGUGCAGUACAUUCCUUCUGUGAGUGCAGGAUUCCUAUGUUUACUGUCUAAUUUUAGGGGGUUUUACACUGUAUUUUACUAUGCUUACACAUUGUGCAUUUUUUUUUAAGAUCAUCAUAAAUUCAUAUGUCACUUGAACUAACAUUCACUCGAUGUCUUUUGUAGUUUUGCCAUUGGAAAUAUCACUUAAUGUAAUUACUGUACAAAACUUUUAUCCAUCAUGCCAGUAUAUACACGUAACUGUUUAGCAGGAAAUCAUGGUAUGAGCAAACUCUUAUUUUUAAUGAGAUAAUUAGAGAAUUGGAGAGACACUACAAUAAAAAGAUUUCUAUUAAUUUGAAUUGGGGAUAGAGGCUUGACUAAAAAUAAAAGUUCACUAGUCCAGUGUAGUUAAGCAUAAACCAAAGAAAAUGGUUCUGUUUAUUAGUUUCUAAACAAAUAGUAAAGAAAAAAAGCUAUACCGUAGAGAAGUUAAUAAUGCUCAAAAUUCAAUUUUAGUGGUCCUUGGUUACUGUUCGAAGAACUUUUAAAACUAUGUGCUUAUACUAGAAGAAACCCCUAAUUUUACUAAUAAAGUCUAGCAAGUUAGCAGUUUGUUUUGCACCAUUCCCAAUUCUGUUGAAUUCAAGCGUGAUGGAGGUUACUGACUAGUCAUCUUUAGGUUUAGACACCUUUUCUUGAAUAAGUCUGACUGUUCCCAGUGCAGUUAAAAUUGAUUUGUUGAGGUAUGUGUAAAUCUGGAAUUGUUCUCAUAAAUUACAGUUUUUAUAAAAAACUCAGUUACUGGACAAGAACUCACUUAAAAGUUUGAUCCUACCACCUGCGUGCCCGCGCCCCCCCCCCCCCCCCUUUUUUGUUUUUAACACUACUGUAAUGCUUCGUUUUCCUGAAGUCUUAUUCAUAAACAGAUACUCUUAGGGAAUGUACGCAUAUUACUUCUUGUAACAAUAAUGAAGGAAACUAGUAUUUCUUAAAUGCGUGUAUAAAACAGUAUUUCCUAUGAGCUAAAAAUAAUUCUGAACAAGGUAGUGAGUGUGUGCUACUUUGCUCUUGAAAGUUAGAAUGCCUCAUACAGCAUCAGAAGGCCGAUGGAAGCUGUUGCUUUACCAAAUUGCUGCAAAUGCAAGGUCAGGAAAACAGCAAACUCACUGGCUGGCCCUUCUUUCUCAAAUCUCAGAAAGUGGAGCCAUAUAAAGAUGCAGAGUGCUCUUUGGUUUCUUAGGUGACUAUAUUAAGGAUAUUUUGGAAUUUGAAAUUCGCACUUCAAGUCAUCUUUACUUAUGUAGCCCUAAUUUGCUCCUAAUCCUUUGUCUCAUUUUCUGGAACUGGGAUGCCCAAGGCAGCUUUUAAUUUUCAUUUCUCCCUUUCCCCCCUUUCCCUCAUUUGAAAAUGGUUUUACAUGAUUGCUCUGGCACAAGCUGUCAGAGAAGGUUCAUGUUAUUUUUCAUCAUAAAAUCCACUUAUUUGAAGAAAAUAGACUAGCCCUCAGACUAAAUAACACUAUGCUACCAUAAAAGCCUUGACUUAUCACUAAAGUUGAUUUUUAGACAUUUACCACAUUUCCCAGUGAGUGAGUGGAGUAUGAUUGUUAAAGUUGUAAAAGAAACAAACACUGCCAGUUCUGGUUACUACUCAAGGCAGUGCUGUAACUGCCAGAAUGUCCUUCCUAUCAGAUUUUGUUUGGGUUUAGUUCCCUCAGAAAUAAAUUACUAAAGCCAAUUAUAAAAGGAAUUUGGAACUUUAAAAAAACAACACACAAACCAAUACAGGGAAAACGUUGUGGAGAGCAAUAAAUCUUGUUCCGUUUGCACCUAUCAGAUAUUUAUUGUACAAUAACAAUUUAUAUUUUUAGUCAUUGCCCAUUAUUAUUGAUGAACACGGUGAAAUAUUUUUGAAUGAGAUGUUUGGGGUUUGUAUGUGCGUUACGAUUGUCCUUUUGUACUGUAAGUUACUGUUUGAUUGGAAUAUUUUAUCAAAACUGUCUCCCUGUGCCUUUAUAUUACAAGAAAGUUGUUUCUGCAACUUCUAAUGAUAUUAAUAAAGAAUACUUUAAGAACCUCAUCUCAGACAUUCAUUUUCAGAUCCGUAAGUCUCUUCAGAUUGACUUAGUCUGGGAUGUAUUAAAAAAUACAUAGAACUAGUUUUUGUUGUGUUCCAGAAUGCACUAUUGUCAAAAGUGACAUAUAGGAACUUUUUUUUCCCCCGCAUUCUUUCUAGUAGACCGAUCAAAAGUAUGAAUGAUCGGUGAGGAAUCUUUCUGUUUUGGAGACUUGCUUUCUUAAAAACUUGAUCAAGCCAUAUCUUUCUGUUCUAUUAACUGAAAGAAAAUGUUUUUGAGUUAAGCAAGUUGAUAUCUUCUUUCUUUAUUGUUUGAGAAACUUAAUUUUCCUUGUAUUUGAUCAUUUAUAUUGCUAGUACCACUGUGUCUUCAGUACAAUAUUCUAGCGGUUAAUGUAACUUAAAUACAUAAUGACUUUUGAUGUUUCGCUUUUACUCUGUUUUUUUCAGCGACCAAUUGCAUUUGAAACUAAGCCCUGCAGUUGUUCUGAAGUAUAUAUUCCCUUCUGACUUUCUGAGCUCAAAACCACUUGGAUUUUUUUAUUUUUUUUUAGUUGCACUGCACUUACAUGUCCAGGAACUGCAGACAUGCAGAUUGAAACUUGUAAACUUUCCAGUCAAGAUAGUUAGGAUCUUAAGAGAAAAAUAGCAUGAAUAACUGCUGCAUUUUUUGUUUCAACAGUUUGCAGAAUGCAGCAUAGCCUGAUCCUGGUUGCCUUGAACUUCAGGACACGGGGUAUCUGGUACUUUCUUACCAGGUACAUUUUCAUUGUGAGAUAUGCUUCAAGUAUGUUAAACUUUGUGUGCUACUUGGAUUUAGCAGAAAGAUUAGAUUAAAUGCAAUAUUCUUUACCUUUAUUAAAGUGGAGACCUUGGCUACCUUAAAAGGCACUAAAAUGUUUUGGUUCUCCAUAGUCUAAUAUUUCUGUCAAACCAGCAGUGGUGGUUUCAUGGAUUCCUGUUUUCCCAUGUGACAUGUCUGAAUCCAGUACUAACUUCUAAGCUCUUUUAUUUGUUAUCUGUGUUGUUUGAAACCUGUGAUUUGGAGUUCAAGAUAGAUUGGAGUGUGAGACCUCUGUAAAAUGCACGUCCAGUGCGUAUCAGAAAAAUGUUCUCUUUGGGAGAUCUAUUUCUCAAUUUGAAGAUCUGGUAUGCAGCCUGGUUAAACAGCUUUUGAAGUUCCUUAUGGUUUCUUUGUAUCUCGGUCUUCCCAUGCCUUUAAAAAUCCAGUCAUUUUUUAUUUUAUCAAAUAAAAACUCGAUUGGUCUUGA